CAGUUCAGGACCCGACUUGAGGUGCCGAGGUGGUUAUUCGUUUUAGCUGAUCAGCAGCGUCAUAUCGGUUAAACUGGUUUAUUUUAGAUGGGUAAACGUUAUUACUGCGAUUAUUGUGACAGAUCAUUUGUUGAUGAUUAUGAAGCGAGGAAAAAACACAUAUCAGGGUCAAUGCACGUGAGAUUGAGAAAAGAACAUUAUGAUGCUUUUCGCGAUGCAAAGACCAUAUUGGCAGAAGAAUCAGCAAAAGUACCGUGCAAGAGGUAUCAGCAGACUCGUGAAUGUGUUUUUGGCACCAACUGCAGAUUUUCACACUACACUGCAGAAGAUUUAAUGAAUUUAAAAAUGAAAGUUGAAGGAGAAGAAGAGCGACUGGAAAGAGAGAAGUACACAAGACUGGAUCUUGAUCAUGAUGAUGGUCCAACUUUGACAUCUUGGCUACAAAAGAGAAGUAAAAUGAAAACCUCCAAGAGCACUGUUGAGGAGCACAAACCUAAAGCAACAGUUCUCUGGGAACUUCCACCUGAACUACAAGAGGUUCCUGAUCUUCCUCCAUCUCUCCAACCACUAAGAGUGGAAGAUUUCACAAAUGCAGAAUUUGAAACUUGGGGCUGAUAUGUGUAUAUUACGGCUGGAUGUAUUGCAUGUUUAUUCGUAACCCGUAAAGUUUAAAUUCAACAAUUUGUUGUUCUAAAUUCCAUGAUGUUGGGACUGUUCUUUCAGCUCAUGGGUAUCUUAUAUUUUCCCUGUGCUCUUCUGUGCAGUUGGUUCUGAAUUAUACGGCUUUCUUAAACUUGUUUCCUAUGCAAGUUUUGGUUUCAGUUGGUUCAAAGCAAUUAGGUUGAUGGCUCACUAAGAAAACCAGAGUUAUGACUGGUUGGAUGCCACAAUUUUACACAAAAUGCAUGCUGCCUCCUACCCCUCCCCCCACCACCUCCUACACACACACACACACACACACACACACACACACACACACACACACACACACCCUAGGGAUGUCAGUCAACCUCCCCCUCCCCUAUACUACCACUGUUCUGUGGCGCAAACAAACACCGACAAUUCUGCUAUUGCAGCCAAAGUUUGGUAUCUAGUCAUUCAGGCCAAUGUGCAUGCUAGACAGUCGGUGCACAACCACCUGUAAGCCAGCUGUGCCAAAUUUAUAUGAAAGAUCAAGACAUGUUGAUGUCAUUGAUACUGAUAUGGAGAAAUUUAUGUUAAUAAUUACGAAGAAGCUUGCUUCGAGGAAGUUGCCAGUAAAAAUAUGAAAAGAUAAAUGUGAGAAAUAAUUAUAGUGAUGGGCUCUUGGAAUGAAAAACAGGAAAAUGUUUUUAAGAAUGUAGGUAUGCAAUUCGACAGAAACCAAAUAGUACAUUGUGUAAAUAUUUUCACGUAUGGGUUUUCUUCUGUUUUACUUCAUUGUGUCCAACAUGCACUAAAAUUUAGUUCCCAUAAUCCAACAUCCCAUUCAGGAAGAGGCACCAUCAACACAGUAAUCCACAAACAAGUUUCUGGGUUGAUUAUGUCAAUCUCUGGGGUGGGAAUGAGUUGGGAGGAUGUCCAUCUCUUGGAUGGGAAUGAGUUAGGAAGGUGUUUUAAUUGGGAAAACUUUAGAAGGGAAAGGGUCAGGUUGAAUUUAGGUGUACUGGAAAUUAGUGAAGUGUGUUGGCAGAAAGAGCAGAACUUCUGGUGGGGGAAUUUUUGGGUUAUAAAUACAAAGUCAAAUAGGAGUAAUGCAGUAGUAUGUCUAAUAGUGUAUUAAAAACAUUAUCGUAGCAAAGAUAGAUACUGUGUCAACAUCCACCACAGUAUUACAAGUUUUACUGCUUACUAUCGCUGCAGAUGAUGUUGAAACUGAUGCAUUGUAUGAUGAUAUAAAAGAAAUUAUUCACAUAGUUCAGGAAGGCAAAACUUCAAUUUUUAUGGGAGACUGAAAUUCAAUAGAAUGAAAAGGAAGGAAAGGGAAGAUAAUGCGAGCAUAUGAACUGUGAGAAAGGAAUAAAAAGGGAAGCCACCUGUUAGGUAAAUUAAUCAUUGCUAGUAGUUGAUUUCAGAAUCGUGAAAAAAGAUUACAUACAUGGAAGAUACCUUGAGACCUCAAGUACAAUUCCGACUGAAUGUUAAUGGUAAGACAGAUUUUGAAUCGAUAUUUCAAAAUACAAAUAAUUCCCAGCGACAGAUGAGGAAUCUGACCAUAAUUUAUUGGCUCCAAACUGCAAACUAAAACUGAAGAAAUUCCGGAAAGGUAGGAAAUUAAGGAUAUAAGAACUAAAUAAAUCAGUAGUAGUAUGACACAGGUUGUAAUGAGUUUCAAAGGGUAACUUAGACAAUGGUUGACCAAAAUGGGGAAAAGGAAUACAAUAGAAGAAAAAUAGGUAGCUUUGAGAGAUAAACCGUGAAGGCACAAGAGGUUCAAAUUGGCAGAAAGACAAGACUUAUUAGAAACCCUUGCGUAACACAUAAUAUAUUGAAGUUACUUGAGGAAAGGAGAAAAUAUAAAAUAAUGAAGCAGAAAUUGCUAGAGGGAAAAUCAAAAGUUGUUGAAGCAUGUAUGACUAUGAGGAAAGAU